AUGGCUGCGCCUGGUUUUCUCCCUCAAUCGCAACCUUUUAGGUCUGCAGCUGUAUCCGCUCAAUCGCCCUACCCGCUGUCCAUGGGCGCUGUUAUUAAUCCUUUCGAUCGUGAUGCGACCACCAAGCCCGUCGGCACGCCUUAUGCGACAACGCCCUCACCUGUCUCAACCAUCUUGAUUCGCCGACUUCCUGCCGACACUACCGAUGAAAAGGUUCGUCUGAUGCUUAUCUUCUCGCAGGAAUUGCUCGACAUCGAGAUGAUAUCUAUGGAACAGUCGGAAGAUCCAGGCUUUCGGUCCGCGAUUGUGAGAUUCAAGACUCCCAACGGAGCACAUCAGGCCAAAGAUACGUUGCAUGGCAAGUCCAUUGGCUCAAGUGAUAUCGAAUUAAUCGUCGAGAUCGUAUCCGGCAGCCCAACCACGUCGAGACGACACCCAAUCGAAUCUGCAGUUUCGGCCCCAUCUAGUGGCCCCUCAUCGACCACAUCUUCGGGGGCGGCAUCGCGUCAAUCUUCUCGGUUUAAUGGGACGUUCCAAUCUCUGGAGAAUAUUUCGCCCCCUAUGAAUGGUAUAUACGGGAGUAACGAGCUACCAAAUCCCGAAUCUAGCGCACAUUAUCAGAGCCUCUUCUCGCCACAGUCGCCGAUCGGCAACCACCUUACUGAGCGCACGCGCAUAUCCGGCAAGACCCUCAUUAGCCACGAUGCUGCAGAGGAUGAUGAGACGCGCGAGCUUCUAAAAGACCCCGUUGCGUACGCCGAGAAUGGCGCGACACAACAGCGGAGAGCCACGGCUCCGCAGCUACCUAUCAGUCGCAUGGCUAACUUAUCUCUUAAUACGACCGCCAAUGGACCAGCAUCUUUGCCACAGUAUGGUCACCCGAGCAUAACUCCUCUAUCCGCGCACGGAAAUACCAUGUCCCCGACGGUGAUGAACGGCGCGAGUCACUCGAUGAACUACCAGAUGGGCAAUCAGCAUUACCAGCGACAUAGUAACUUUCCUCCUGUAAACCCCGCCGAUCAGAACCCUCCAUGCAACACGCUUUACGUUGGAAACCUUCCGAUCGACACUUCUGAGGAGGAGCUAAAAGCUAUGUUUUCUAAGCAACGAGGCUACAAGCGUCUCUGCUUCCGCACCAAGCAGAAUGGUCCUAUGUGUUUCGUUGAGUUUGAAGACGUGUCAUUUGCUACUAAAGCUCUUCAUGAAUUGUACGGCACACCCCUUCAUAACAGUGUCAAGGGAGGCAUCCGCCUUAGCUUUUCUAAGAAUCCUUUGGGUGUUCGUUCGGGUCAGUCUCCAGGCCAGACAGGCCCCGGGUCUAUGGCGGGCAUGAAUGGUAUGAUGGCUGGACCCGGUAACGGUUUCACGAGCGCCAACGGCCCCCCGCCAGGCCUUGCGGCUCCUCCGGGUCUGAGUCGCAUCUAUAACGGGGGAUCCUCGGUUCCCAGCAGCGCGGGCACUCCAUAUUCUGGGGGGUCUUUCCCAAGUACUAACGGUGGCGUAUGGAGCAGUCCAUUGUUUAGUGGACCGCUCUCAGCUGGUGGUUCCUCUCCAGCGGUGAACGGUUCUGCCUCAGCUUUCCCACCCUACAUGAUGGGACGAUAG